UGAAUUUCUGGUACUUACGUUGCUAGGAGACCAUACACACACAGUCCACACAAAGCCGCGCUGCAUGUUCUCUUAAGUGACAGUUUUUAGUUUUUUUUAUGUAUCAAUUAAUUUAAAAACUAGAAUCCAGUGUUAAAUUAUCUAAAUAGUUGCUUUUGAAAUGGCAACUGCGUCGGCAUCUAUUGUGCAGUACGGCAGGAGAAAGGGAAGCAGCAGGACAAAUACACCAAUAAAAAGGUCAGAAGUGGCAAAUGUACCAAUGCAACUGCCUGAUCUUCGCCAGGUUCAUGUUUUGCCAAAAGCAGAAUGGGAAAGGGUGCAAGAAAGUCUUAACAAAAUGAACAGAGAGGCACAAUUAAUCCAAGAAAAAAAACAGGAAAAGGAGGCUCUGCAUUUGCGUUCUAAGGAAGUGGUUAAGCACUGGUCUAACACCAUUGCUGGUCAAAGGCAAAAGAAAAUUAAAGCAAAAAAGCUGCAGGAAGAAAUUGAAGAACAAGAGAAGAGAAAGAUUGAUUUUGAAGAAGCUCAAUACCAGGCAGAGAAACGAAGAGAAGCCAUUGAGAGAGCAAAAACCCUACAAUACUACCAAACUGACAGAGUGAAAGGAUUUCACAGUGCUCUUGUGCUUACGGAAGUUCUUAAGGAACGAGACGCCCAGAUUGACCUGAAACACAAGAAGCAGAAUGCUCAUGAAAAUGUGAACAAAGAUAUAAUGGCUGAAAUGCAGCGUAAAGAAGAGCAGGCUAUUAUUGAGGAUCAGCACAAAGCACUCCAACGAUUCCUGGAAUGCAAGGCUGUUGCUAGUGGUCAGAUGCAGCAAGUAAAAGAACGACAGCAUGCUAAAGAGAUGGAAAAGCUGGAAGGCAAAAAAGAGGGAGAAACAAUUCAACGCCUCACAAGAUUAUAUGAGUGGGAAAAGAGCAAACUGGAGGAUCAGAAGCAUGAACAAAAGAAACAAUUGAUGAAGGCUUAUUUGGACCACAUGUCCAACAGGGAUAUCCUCAAGGCAAUUGAAAAACAGAAGUAUGAGGAAGAACAAGAGUCAAUUAAUCUUUUUUCCACAGCAAAGCAAAAAAUGAUCAAAAUGAGAAAAGAGAAGGAGGCAGAGUUAUUAAGAGAGCAGCUGCAGCAGAGAGAUCAGAUAAUUGAACUGUUAGCUAAACAGAUGCAGGAGAAACAAUGCAAUGAGGAUGAAGUCAUUGCUAGAGCUGUAGCAGAGCAGGAGGCAAAGGAAGAAAGAAAACUGAAAGAAAAAGAAGAAAAGAGGAUAGCUGAACUGAAAUCCAUUGCCACACACAGAGCAACAAUGAUUAAACAAAAAGAAGAAAAGGAAAAAGAAGAGAGACUGCAGGCUGUGGAAUUGCUUCAUGCCAAACAAGAAGCUGCUAAGGUUUUUUCCACUAAACAAUGGGAAAAGCAACAAAAUAUGAAAGAGAUGAAUAGAAAGAUUCAAGACUUCCAUGUUCAACAAAUGGCUGAAAAUCAUCAAAAAGCAUUACAUGAAAAAGAAGCCCUAUUGGGGUAUGAGAAGCAGAAUUCGUCUCUUAUUGCCUUGGAAGAGAAGCAGUUCCAAGCAUAUGCAAGUGAAGUCAUCGAUUCAGCUGUGAAAGCUAAAAGAAAUCCAUAUCCUCUCCGUAAAGCUGCCAGAAUGGGCUUUGGGGGUGGACUUGGGCCCAUUUUCGGAGGCUUAAGGCCAAGUUACUUAGCUCAAGACGUCACUGGUGUUGAACUGCCCAAUUAUAAUCGUAGCACUACUCAAGACAUCAAAGCUAUUUACAAUACAGAUGACAUCCAGAAAUCUAGGAAGAAACUAGGCUUUACAUGGUAAAACUGAGUGUCUACAACACACUGAUUAUUGUCUCAUUUCAUUAUUAGAAUAUCAUUGUCAUAGUGAAUGCUACAGGUAUAAAAGCCACUAGUUUUUGUUUUGAUGUUGAAAAAAACACCCUGUUAAAUGAAAGCGUAGACUUCCACUUCACAAUCUUGAUUUACUUGUUUUUUGACAUGUGGUAGGCGCUGAAAUAUAUAAAUGCAACCUCCAUCUUAUUAA